AAAAGAGAAAGCCUUCGCGACGUCAGGCGACCUCCUCAACGCUUCCUGGCCCUCGGAAGACGCGCUUCUUUAACGGGACGCCCGCUGUGUGUAUUACGCUACGUUCCUUGGCACUGUCUCGCGGGCUCGCGUCCAAGUGAGUAUCACAGCGCUUCCGCCGCCGCCUCCUAAAGGCCACCCGCUACGACCAGCCAGCUGCGUGACCCAGUUGCAUGCGACUCCUCGUACCAAGCGCAAGGCCAUCGCUACGCCGCUUGCGACGAACUCUUGUUGUUCGUGUUUGCUGAGAGAUAACGCAUACCCAAUUUAAGGCAAUUAAGCAUUGGCAUUCACGGCAAGUCCGUCCGUAUAACCGCAGUCGGAGAUAUCCUUGCAACGCUGCGACUCGUUAACACGCCUGCGUAACAAACAACCGACCGCAUCGGACGCUCGACGCGUCGUUCGCAACCUGAAAGGUGUUACCGCACCUCCGCUCGCCUCUAGUGCGCAUACAAGUCGGCUCACCUGCUGCCUGUUGCUCGAAACGGCGCACUUGCACGAGGAAAGAGUAUGGAUACUCCCUUCGGUAAGAUCGUCAACAACGUGAUCGAAGGAAAGUCCGUGGACUUCUGGACGCUGUCGCGGUUCAUCUGGGAACACCCCGAACUGGCACUCAAGGAGGAGACGGCGCACCUCAGGCUGUCCGAAUUCCUCGAACAGCGAGAGUUCAAGGUUCAGAGGAACUACCUCCUGAACACGGCGUUCAGGGCAGAGUUUGACGCACCCGGUGGAACGGACGGUCCCACGAUAGCGUUCCUCUGCGAGUACGACGCCCUUCCCGAAAUCGGCCACGCAUGCGGCCACAACCUCAUCGCCGAGCUGACCGUGGCAGCCGCCAUCGCCGUCAGAGACGCCAUGAAGUUCUCGCACGCGCUACGCGGAAAGGUGGUCGUGCUGGGAACUCCGGGGGAAGAGAACUGCGGCGGAAAGCAGAUGCUCAUCGACAAGGGCGCCUUCGAGGACAUCGACAUCGCGCUCAUGUCCCACCCCUUCCCGUACGAGGCCCUCCGCACGGGGUUCACUGCAAGACAGCAGGUGACGGUCCGUUUCCGGGGCAGGUCCGCCCACGCCGCUGAGUCCGCCUACAAGGGCCUCAACGCUUUAGACGCGGCGGUGGCCUCCUAUAUGAACGUCUCUCUGCUGCGUCAGCAGAUCAAGUCCACCAGCAGGGUUCACGGUGUGAUCCUCCGGGCGGGCACCUAUCCCAACCUAAUUCCGGAAUCGAGCGAGCUGAGCUAUCACAUCCGGGCCGUGAGCCUGGCCGAGCUCGAGGAGCUGGUGAGCCGCGUCGAAGGUUGCUUCCGGGCGGCCGCUCUGGCCACCGGCUGUGUACUGAACCUCGAGUGGGGCAUCCGCUACAAGAACCUGGUGCACAACAUCGCACUCACCGAGGUGUACCGGAAGCACGGACUAGCCCUGGGUGUGGAGUACCUGGACGCUGACAUGAAGGAAGUGGUGCCCACGGGUGCGGCGACGGACGCUGGAAACGUUUCGCACUGCAUACCGACGCUGCACACUGUGUACGCGGUCGGCAACGGUGUUCGGAACCACACCCGCGGCUUCGCCGAGAUGGCGGGCACCAUCGACGCCCAGGCGCCGACGCGGCGAACGGCCAAGGUGCUCGCGCACACCGCCAUCGAGUUGUUCUGCGACCCCGACCUGGUGCAGAAGAUCAAGAACGAGUUCACCGAAUGGCGCAGUCGCGCAGGCGCGUCUCCACCAGCCGCGCAAGCGAAGAAAUGAGGUGUUGUCAGUGGAUAUGUUCGAUAGACCCGCUCUAGGCAGUCGGAGAACUGCCCGGGGUGGACUUCCCCGGUCCUCUCGGGGAAGAAAUGAACUAUGUCAGUGGGUCUGUUCGAUUAAUACGCUCUAGGCAGUCCGGGAACUGCUCGGGGCGGACUACCCCUGUCCUCCCGGGGAUGAAACGAACUGUAGCAAAUUAUCUGUUCGAUUAAUCCGCUCUAGGCAGUCCGGUAACUGCCCUGGAGGACCGAGCGAAGCGGAUAGCAAAGCUGGGACUUGAUAGCAAAGCAAGGGAGCGCAUAGCGCAUAGCGAGGUGUCCAAGGCACUCCGAGAGCGCCUGGGAUACAGUGCGUACGCAAACCUCAUUGGCUGAAAACAGUCCCGGGUGAUCUGGGACUGCCAUGGACCGAAACGCAAGGGUGCGCGAUGCCGGUACUCGUCCAUCCAUUCUUUCUGUGGAGCAGAAGCUUCGCAGUGCUCCUUGCGGACAUGGAAGGGAAGAAUGACUCUACAUGUUUGUUUUAUUCUUGCAAGAAUUCUUGUGGGUUGCUUUUACUUGUUCGUUUUUUUUUUGCUGUUGUUGUUUGUACGGUAAAGUGGUAGCGCAUUUGUUUGACAGCGCUAAGCCACGUGAUACACAUCGCCUGGGAUAGAGUUGUGGGUGCGAUAGGUCACACCGAAGAUCGCUGGAAUGCAAAGCUUCCUUCUUUUAUUGUUUUUAUU